AUGGGGUCCACGUGCCGGGAUAAGAAGUUUCAAUCCAGUUGGAAAUUACCUCCUUCCUCGAUCGAUCUGGGUAGGAGGGACAGCCCCGUGAAUCCAUACCAUCGAUCCGAUCGCGUGAAGAUGCUGCGCCCGAGGUGGACGCUUCCAGGCGCGGAUCACCAAGGCGAAGCUGGAAUUAGCGGCUUACCGGAAUUCGAGUGCGGUGCAUACGUGAAUCCCUGCCCUUGUUCCUGCUGUGCCUUUUCGGAGGAGACAAUCGUCGCGCAACGUCGCGGUUACUGCGAAAAGGAACGGUCCAGGAAGGAAGCUUACGGGAAGAUCAAAGCGAAAGUGGAAAACGCCGUCAAGAGGCGCAAAAUAUUCCUCCUGCGCGGCGAGCUGCCAAGGCUGAGGGAAGCGCUGGAGGCGCGAGGGUGGGUGCAGAAGUACGAGUCAACUAGAACGAGAAUGCUGCCAUACGGCACCGCGGCUGACUUAGAAGCUCGCUCCCUGGGCGAUAUCACGCAAGCGGAUGGAACGUUGAACGAGAGAGCUGUGAUUUUUGCCCUCCUGCGUCACCGGCAGCCCGACUUCAUAUGGGAUUGCAGGAACGACUUCGUCGAGUGGCACCGGGGACUCGGUUGCGACGUUUUGCUCAACAGAUAUCAGAGAUCCUUCGUUUACACCUCGAAGCUCGGAAUGGCGCGCUUACUGGAAGAUGCAUAUUGGUUGUACGAGGAGAACGUGUCCGGCGUCCUGUUCCCGCGUACUUACAAUCCCAGCAGGGAUCGACGAGCCUUCGUGGAGGACUUCCGACUGACCGCGGCCGCGGGUCUGCUCAGGUGGCUCGUUCGCGGUAUGGCCGCGGCCGAGGAGAUUCUCGUGGCCGGCUCGGAGGAACGACGCGCGAUUCCGAUCGCCAGGCUGGAGUUCGCGAUCGGGCGCUGCGAGGAGCUGCUCGCUGCCGUGACGCACGAGGAUAUCGACGUCCAGGAGGGAGGCGAGCAACCGUCCGACGAGGAGUGGAAUUGCUUUUUGGACGAUUACACGGCGGCGCUUCACCACGGAGCCGGGGUCGACGGCACGUCGGAAGACAGCCGCGAGCUUCUUCAGGUACCAAGAUGCUUCCUGGCCGCCGUCGCGAUUUUGGAGAAAUUAAAGACCGCCGAUCCGCAGCACGAGAUGAGCGACAUGAGGGGCAUUUGGAUCUUGAAACCCAGCCAUUUGUGCUGCGGCAACGGCAUCGUUAUAUCCCACAAUCUCGAAGACAUCUUGCGCAGAGUCGAGCAGAGGCCCAAAGAUUAUUAUAUCGUGCAGAAAUACAUUGAGCGUCCCCUGCUGAUCAAAGAAACCAAGUUCGACAUACGACUGUGGUAUCUGGUAACGAAUACCUUCCCUCUCACAAUAUGGCUGUUCAAGUAA